AUGGCUCCCGCACGACGUUCCGGUCCGCCCUCCUCCUCAGUCUCGACCGUCCUCGCCGCGAACGCGCUCCCGCCCCUCUCAGCCCUCUUCCUCAUCAACUUUGACGUCAAGGCCGGCUACACCAUUGUCUGGAAGCGCGCCGCCCCGGCCGUCGAGCUCGAAGGGCUCGUCGAGUACAAGUCGCUUCCCUCGGGCCUCCACACCGUCGCCGAUGACCUCAUCUACUUUGUCCAUGACGCCGGCCACGCCGGCCUAAGCGCCUUUGUCAAUCAGCCCACCGACGAGGAGGAGCUGCGCAACGCCCGCAUGAUUGCCGUCGGCAUCCUCGUCCCGCUGAGCUAUGGCCGUCUGGGCCGCGCCUGGCGGCAUGCCGAGAAUCUCAAGGACAUGGCCGCGUACGUCGUGACAACAAAACCCGUGCUGGCGCGCGUAUUUCGUGAUGCGUCGCAGACAAAACUCCUCGAACAAUACUGGGACCAGCAUCAGGCCUCUGCCGACAGUGCCCGAAAGUCGCCAGUCCCAAGUCUACCUGCCUCGCCCGUUCAGGACCGCCGAGGACACAAACGCAAUAGAUCGGCAUCCGACGGCGCCGCCCUUUCUGCAGGACCUUCCGAACACAAGCUCUCUGCAUACCAUCCCGCUUGGAGUCUAGCGACCAUGCUCGACACACUUGGACCUCUGGUCUUUCCCAUAUAUCGCGCUGCCCUCUUACGGAAACGUAUCCUGAUAUCGUCCCACGCUCCCGUUCACCAGAUGUGUGACUUUGUAUAUAAUCUCUCUGUUCUAUCAAACAUACCCCUCUCCAUCGCCGACGACCUCCCCCCUUCUUCUGCUUCCGCCCGCCUUCGACCUCUCUUCACAAUCGGUGUCCAUGAUAUCCCCUUCCUAGUCCAAGACGCCAAGGCCGCCAAACGUCAGCGCCUCAACCCCGAUGUCGACGACGAGUCCGGUUCCGGCUGGAUCGCCUGUACCACCGACAGCAUCCUUGCUGUCAAGGACACGCUAUGGGACAUGCUCAUCACCAUGCCGCCCGAGCACACCGUCAGCACAAGGGAACGGGCGUGGCCUGUGGUGGAGUGCCCACGCGGCACACCCGUCAAAGCCACCCAGCGUGAUCUGCGACGAUUCAAUGCACUGCGCGCCGGCCUCGCGCAACUAGUCGCCAACGAGGACCAUGACGCGCCACGACCCAACUCGCACGCCUCGGACCGGUCCCCCGUCCGGCUCUCCACGAGCCACUCGGCCCGUCUGGUACGGGACGACGGCGACGAGUCCAUGGACAACAUUGUAGAGCCCCCAAGCUGGUCCGCCCUCGCCUACAACGGCUUCAUGUGGUGGGCGAGCGCCGGCGAGCAGAUUCGCUCCGAGGAGCAGGAGGAAUCGGCCCGCGACGCCGCGCUGCUCGCAGACUUGCGCAGUAGCAGCGGCGCGCCCUCGAUGCACGUGCACGCGCCGCCCUCACCGUCCCGCACUACCGACCUCGCCCUCUCCGAGUCCAUUGCCUCGCUCACGCGCCACGACGCGUCCGACGGCGGCGGCGACGCCAUUGUCGAGCUCGCCAUCAUUGCCUACUUUCACCGCCUCACCACCCAAAUCAUCUCCGUGCUCGCCGACAUCGUCGAGAGCACCGACGAUGAGACGUACCCGCCCGACGAGCCCGAGCGGUACACGGACGCCGACGACGACGAUGACGACGACGAGACGGAUCUGUUGAUGCCUGGUAAUGACUCUGCCGAUACGACGGUGCGAGUAGAUGACGACGUCUGCCAAGACUUCGAGGCGAUUAAGAUUGACAGCCACGCCAUGGAGAGCAUGGGCCUCGACGUCUGGAGCACAGGCGACGCCGGCUUUGUGCAGAACCUCGCUCAGCACUACUUUAUGCGCGACGCGACGAUUGAGACCAAGGGUGUGGAAGUCUGCGGUGUACGAGUGUGCUAG